GAGCUCCCCAGAAAGGUGACGAUUCACACAAUGAGAUGCCAGUAUCUACUGGUGCUCGCGGUAGCGCUCUGUGCGCUCGCCGUGAGCUCCAGUCCGGCCGUCAAGCCGGACCUACCGAAGGCACAGGAUCUACUGUUCAAUAAAAUGCUCGCCGAAACUACGCGCCCGGUCAUGGAUGCGCACGAUCCACGCUACAAUAAGAUGUUGCCCCAGCCCGAGGAAAAUCUGAUCGACUCCGACAUCAGCGAAGAUGAUGAGGACGAUGACACGGAGGAGACCGAUGACAUUCUGCCGAAAAAGGCAGCCGAUUUGAAUCCCAUGUACGCGCAACGAGGCAAGCAGCAACCGGUUAAGCCGGAAGUGUCCACCGUUGGUUCGGUAGCUAUCAACAAGGUAAAAAUCAACGACGAUAUCGAUAGUUACGAGGAGGUACUGCUGAAGGGUAACGGCAAGAGCGUGGACAUUGAUGAUUCGUAUCAAGUGGAGGAUCUGAGCAGUGAGGUUCUUACCUUUGAUGAGGAUAAACCUUCCAAACUUACCACCUCCAAGCCCACCGCCAAAACGGAAGACGAAGACGAUGAGUACGAUGAUGAAUCGGACGAAAAGAUCGAUUUCUCCGGUGUAGACAAAGUUCUGGCUCAACCACUUAAACCGGUACCAGCUGAGAAGUCGGUCAAACCGUCGCCAUCAAGCACUACCCAGAAACCGAAGAGUACCACCACUGGCAAACAGAAUGUGGAAAUUCUUGACCAGUAUGAUGAUGAUGCCGAUAUGGACUAUCAGUACAACUAUGAUGAUGAUGAGGACAACGAUGACGACGAUGAUGACGAUGACGAUGAUGAGGAUGAGGAUGCGGAAGAGUUGCCUCCUCAGAAGGCUGGUAAGAACGUAAACACCGAAGCCAAGAAGCAAACCAAGCCUGUCAAGAAGACCAAGGAUCAGAACAAAACUGCUGCCAAGGGUACCGAUGAAUAUUACUACUACGACGAUGAUGAUGACGAUGAAGACUAUAAUGUUGAGUCGUCUAACAAUACCUACUGUCCACGAGGAUGCAUCUGCGAGCGUAACAUGCACGCUUACAUGGUUGCCACCUGCAGUCGUCUGGAUUUGGAAACGCAAAAGUUCACCUCCCACAUCACCGAUCUGCAGGUGCUGGACGUUGGACCCAAGUACCCGAUCGAGCUGGGACCGGAAUUCUUCAAAAAGAUUGGUCUCAGCCACGUCGUCUCGAUCAAGAUCACCAACUGCACGAUCGUGUACAUUAGCCCGCAAGCGUUUGCCGGUCUGGACGAGCUGUACUCGGUCAACCUGACCAACUCGGGCAUCGACAUGAUUCAUCCGGAUACAUUCGCUAACAACACCAAGCUACGCUUGCUGACCCUUUCGGGUAACGAUUUGAGCGCAAUGCAAAGCGUAAACCACAACACCCCGUACAUGGACUACAUGCUGAAGGCACCGACCGUGGAGGAGCUGGACAUUUCACGCUGCAAGCUGCAGGAACUGCAACCGAACGCGUUCAACGAACUGAAAAACAUUAUCUACAUCAAUCUGUCCGAGAACAACCUGAGCAAUCUGCCGGAGGGUAUUUUCGACAAUGUGGAAACCAUCGAAGAGCUUGACCUUUCGAUGAACAACAUUGCGGAGCUGCCGAAGAACAUCUUCACCAAAACGUCGCUUGCGAUCCUGCAUCUGAAGCACAACAAGAUCAGCAACAACGUCGACUUUGUGACGGCGGAUCUGCAGAAGCUUGAUGUAAGCUUCUGCCAGAUACGCACCAUCAACAACCAAAUGUUCAAGGGCAUGGAAGGACUCACCAACCUCAUCCUGAAGGGUAACCACAUCGAGAAGAUCAAACCGAUGGCGUUCAUCUCGCUGAGCAGCUUGCGUCAGAUCGAUCUGUCGUACAACAAUCUGGAACAAAUAUCUGCCCAAACGUUCAUCGGCAACAAGAUGCUGGAUAUCAUCCGUAUGAACAAUAACCCACGGCUAAAGCAUCUGCCGAACGAAGGUUUCGAAAGUUCGUACAACGGUACGUUCAAUGUGUACUUCAUGGACAUCUCGAACUGCGACAUUUCGGAGCUGGCGGACAACACGUUCAAGACGAUGCCACAGCUGACUCGACUUAACUUGGCGUGGAACAAUCUGCAAACAGUUCGUCCAGCACUUAUGGCACAUUUGAGCAAGCUGAUGGAUUUGGACCUGAGGAACAACAUGAUCACGGAGCUGGAUGAGAAGACGUUCCAGAACAAUCGCAAUCUAAACUCCUUGAAUUUGUCCGGUAAUCAAAUCUCUAGCCUGGCUAGCAAGAUCUUCCACCCGCUGCAGUAUCUAAGCGAAUUGGAUAUUAGCGAUUGCGAUCUGCGCACCAUCUGGGAGGAUUCGGCGGUCAAGGCGAAACGGGAGGAAGUACUUCCGAACCUGAAGCGUCUGAAUGCGUCGUACAACGUGAUUUCGGAGGUAUUUGUGUCGGAUUUGGUAUCGAUGGGCAAACUGCGCGUACUGGACAUCCGCAACAACUCGCUUAGCUGCAACGAACGUUUGCCAACGCUGAUCGAUUUCCUGCAGCAGAAGCAGAUCUCGAUGGCCGAUAGCUCGCACGAUCACGUGACACAUGCUGAAAUUAAUGUACUGCGCACGGACAACUCGGCAUCGCUGAAGCAGUGGGGACAGUUUGCAUGGGAAAUUUGCCAGGGCGAUAGCACACUGUCAUACAGCGAAACGGAAGAAGAUAAUGAGGAUGACGAUGAUUCUGAGGACGCUGAUGCUGAUGUGCUGGCAGAGGCGAAUGCCAAGUCUAACAAGAUUGUGGACAGCAAGAACGAGCUGGAUGAAUACUCGGAUGAAUCGGCCGAUAGUGAUAGCGAUGACAAUGAUAACGGUGAUGCGGAUAGUGACGACGAUGAUGAUGACGAGGACAGCGAUGAUGAUGAUGAGGAGGAGGAGGAGGAUGAGGAAGAGGACGAUGAAGUGCAGGAACGUGAGAACAUCCUUGAUGCUGCCAAUGGUAUCCAGCAGAUUGAACAGGAUAUCCUUACCGGCAAGCACGGUAACAACGGUGACAAUGAUGAGGAUGAAGACGAAUACGAGGAUGAUAGCGAGGGCACGAACGUGGACGAUGUCGUCAUACUGGAGAACGCGUCUAUGUUUGCUCUGUCUACCGUUGCGCUGAUGGUUGGCUGUAUCGUGAUUGGCAGCUUGAUCAUGGUGCUGCUGGUUGCGAAGAUCGUUGCACUGAUCUUCAAGCGACGCGGCGAACGUUACCGCCAGGCACUGCUUGCAUCGAAGAACUCGUUCGUCUAUCAAAAGCUGACGGAAGAUAUUGUUCCAUCGAAGACGCCGAAGGUCCAUCGGUACGAACCGAUCAAUCAGGUGUAAA